UGAGCGCUGAUGUCACGAGAGCGGCCCGUGUUCGUUCCAGCUGACUCUUGCGGUGCUCGGUUGCUUCCUUGCUCGUAGCCUACAGAAAGGUAGGGAAAGCAGGUAAACGACAAAAAUAACGAGAGAGAAAGACAGAGGGAGCGAGAACGACUAAGUAGGGAGAGGAAAAACGAGACCUCAACACCUAUCCUACUCAUGUUGGAUAUUAUUUGACGACGACUUUUUUUCCCUCCUUUCACCCCCCCGCCCACACUUAUUUUCUCUAUUAUUGGAUUUCUAGGUACCGCUCCAUAAUCCAUUUUACUCCAUGGACAACCCUCAGGUUUGUUUGUUUUAUUUUUGUCCAGGUCAAGAAGAAAAUCAACUCGGUUUGAUGCCUAUUCUCAAUUAAACGGACAUCAUCAAGCAAGGCAUUUUGGCGAAAUCUGAGCGCUGACGUGCAACUUUGUUUAUCUCAUAGAUAGAGGCUGGGAUAAGUGAUUAACUCUUAAAGGGCACAUUGCAUUUGUUAAGGUUAUUGAAUAAAACACAUUUUUACCAUGAACAUAUUUUUGAGGAAAUCAUUUUCACUUUUGAUUUUCUCAUGGAAAGUUGGAAGAGCAAUAGCAAUAGUUUAUUGUUGAUAUAAAAUUAUAUUUGUCAUGUCGAAUUGUACUAUUCUCUAGCACUUUCUUAAUGCAUAUUUAGAUAGGCUAACAUUCGGUUUUCGAAUGAGGUAAAUAACAGCCGGUCUAGCAGUGUGUAUUCAGCUGUCCACCUUUUUAAUCGUCACGUCACUGUUGUGAACCCGCUGACAGCCAGUCAAUCGUUUUGUGGAUUAAUCGGAUAAAUUCAGCGCUCAUUCCACCGUGGGAAUCAACGACCAUCCCAAUCAUGUCUAGGCCGCUCACACAGCUCCUACCGCCUGACCUCCCGGCUGGAGCGAGCCCACAGUUCGGCACGGGUAACCUUGCGGGCAGUGUCCCAACCGGCGGACACUUGAACUCCAUGGCCAGCCUCAAGACUCUCCUACAGCUGCCCAUCAAGGUUGACCAGCGAGCGAAAGACUGCUGUGUAAUGAAAGAUAAAGACAAACCCCAGGACUCAGACGAGGACUCCAUGAGUGGAGGUCCAGGUGGCCGGCCUUCCCAGUCGGCCUUCCUGGGGCCCCAUCUGUGGGAGCGCACGCUGCCCUGCAGCGACGGGGGCCUCUUCCAGCUUCAGUACAUGGACCUGGAGGAGUUCCUGACUGAGAACGGCAUGGCCAUGCACAACAAAGGUGGCAACGGCUCCAGCGCCAGCGCCCAGGUGCCCUCGCAGAGUUCCCUGCAGUCGGCCGUGCCCAACCAGAGCUCCCAGUGCCCGCCGUCAUCCCCUCCGCCAUGUUCUUCUUCAUCGUCCUCCAUGUCCUCCUCAUCUUCCUCCUCCUCGUUGCUGGGCCUGGACAAUGUGCCGCUGCCACCAAACGGACUGCCAGGCAUGAUGGGAGGGCCCGAGUGCCUACAUGGUGGCCAAGUUGGGCCUCCUGACCUCUCACCCUCCUCCACCACCACCUCUCCCUGUCCCCCCGGGCCGCCAGGGGGCCCGCCGGUCACCAGUGCAGACGUCAUGGUGAACUUUGACCCGGACCCGGCAGACGUGGCGCUGUCCAGCGUGCCGGGCCAGGAAGCCUUCGACCCCCGAAGGCACCGCUUCUCGGACGAGGAGCUCAAGCCACAGCCCAUGAUCAAGAAGGCCCGCAAGAUGCUGGUGCCAGACGAGCAGAAGGACGACAAGUACUGGAGCCGGCGCUACAAGAACAACGAGGCGGCCAAGCGCUCACGUGACGCCCGGCGUCUCAAGGAGAACCAGAUCACGGUGCGCGCCGCCUUCCUGGAGCGAGAGAACGCUGCUCUCAGACAGGAAGUGGCCGACAUGCGCAAGGAGCUGGGCCGCUGCCGCAACAUCCUCAACAAGUUUGAGAGUCGACACGGAGACUUGUGAGGAGGAGGAAGAGGAGGGAGGCGGUGGAGGAGGAGGAGAGAGGGGUAUAAAGCAACAUUGGCAGCCCUUUAUUUGAGGGGGUGCGCGUACGGCCUAUGUAGACUUGGCGUGAGCAUCGUAUGACACCUUGCGUAAGCGUCCAUGUUGCGAGUAGCCUGCAGUGUUGCAGUGAGUGCAGCCUCCAUUUAGUGAUUCUGUGCUAUGCUGGUUUCACUUCCCGUGUCUCUUUGACGGGUAUUGUCACUUGGGCGUCGCGACGUCAUUCAGUGUUUUAUAUCAGAUGCAUUGCAGUGUUUUUCCGGGUAAUGCGCAGGGCCAUACGUGCACCCGUUCAAAUGAGGUGUUCAGAUCACAAGACAACUAAUGUUUUUAAGCUAUAGACAAGGAGACAAGCCAGGGGAAGACAGGUGUGUACUUGAUUUCUAUGACAAAACAUGUAUAUUUUUGAACUGUACUGGGCAGGGAGGGAGACGUGGGCAAACGAGAAAACAGAGGAUGAGCUACAGUAUAACUAGAAGAGGAAGAUUAGGAGAGGUGGUUCAGGACAGAAGAAAGCAAAGAGAUUUCAACAUAACUGUAUAUUUUUAUAUUUGCAAAGAUGGACAGUUCAGAGGGCAUUUUGGAAGUAAUAUUUUGUAUAUUUUAUAUAUGGGUGAGUUUAGUAUAGAGAUGGGGGCUAUUGGUAAAUGGAUUGGUAAAUGAUAUAUUUUGAACUCGUUAAGAUAGAGGGGUCAGAGUUCGUAAUAGAGAAUGUAUAAUGGUUGUAUCCAGGGAUAACAUGACGGCAAGAGAGGAGAAUUAUCUUAGUAAAUGUUUGUGGACAUAGACAGAUCGAAGAUAUUGUAUAGUUUUAAUUUUGUUCUGUUAGGUUAGUUGAAGCACUUAAAAGGGAAUUCUCAAAAAUUUUCACUUCAUGUUCAUCAUCGCCAGUACCAUUAACAUGUGGAAAUGGGGCAUUUAUGUUUUGUAGUAAAAAAAGACAAGUGUUUCCAAUGAGUUCAUCAAUCAAUUAGUAGGCAAUGCCUACUCGUAAUUGGUUAAAAUCACAUGAUGCACACCGAUGAUGUCAUUGGAAACACUUUUCACAUAUGUUGAUGUUGGGGUGGAUCUGGAGAUGAUGAAAAUGGAAAAAAUGACAAGUUUACUUUUUAAAGGGCAAUUCUUCCUCUUUUCAACCGCAUUAUCGUCAUCUCCACCAUCAACCAGUGUUUACAUAUGUGAGAAUAUCAUGUUCCUAUUUUCUGUGCUUAAAAAGAUACGAAGUAGGGUCCCCCAAAAAAUGCUUCUCUUAUGACAUCACCUGCCCCAAGGGAGAGUAUUUUCUAGCUCCCCGUGUGCCCGCGAAUCUCAGUGUUUGAAAAUCACAGUUUUUAAAAUGUUUAAACUUUUGAUGUCAGAACUUUUUAACUUUAUUUUUUUUCUACAAAACCUAGAAAUGCACCUUUUUCACAUACACUACACAGCCAAAUAUUUCAACCAAACCCGUUGCUGACUGGUUUAUAAAAUCUUGCACAUAGCCAUGCAAUCUCCAUAGGAAAAACAUUGGCAGUAAAAUGGCCCGUACUGAAGAGCUCAGUGACUUUAAACAUGGCACCGUCAUAGGAUGCCACCUUUCCAACAAGACAGUUAAACAAAUUUCUGCCCUGCUAGAGCUGCCCCGGUCAACUGCAACGGCUGUUAUUGUGAAGUGGAAACAUCUAGGAGCAACAACGGCUCAGCCGCAAAGUGGUAGGCCACACUAGCUCACAGAACUGGACCACCGAGUGCUGUCCUCGGUUGCAAUACUCACUACCGAGUUCCAAACUGCCUCUGGAAGCAAUGUCAGCACAAUAACUGUUCUUCGGGAGCUUCAUGAAAUGUGGGUUUCCAUGGCCAAGCAGCCUCACACAAGCCUAAGAUCACCAUGCACAAUGCCAAGCGUCGGCUGAAGUGGUGUAAAGCUCACCACAAUUGGACUCUGGAGCAAUGGAAACGCGUUCUCUGGAGUGAUGAAUCAUGCAUCACCAUUAGUCCGUUGGAUGAAUCUGGGUUUGGUGGAUGCCAGGAGAAAGCUAACUGCCCCAAUGCAUAGUGCCAACUGUAAAGUUUGGUGUUGGAGAAGGAAUAAUGGUUCGGGUUGUUUUUCAUGGUUCGGGCUAGGUCCAGUGAAGGGAAACUUAACUUUAUAGCAUACAAUGACAUUCUAGACAAUUCUGUGCUUCCGACUUUGUGGCAACAGUUUGGGGAAGGCCCUUUCCUGUUUCAGCAUGACAAUGUCCCUGUGCACAAAGCGCUCCAUACAGAAAUGUUUUGUCUAGAUCGGUGUGGAAGAACUUGACUGGCCUGCACAGAGCCCUGACCUCAACCCCAUUGAACACCUUUGGGAUGAAUUGGAACGCCGACUGUGAGCCAGGCCUAAUCAGUGCCUGACCUCACUAAUGCUCUGGUGACUGAAUAGAAGCAAGUCCCCGCAGCAAUGUUCCAACAUCUAGUGGAAAGCCUUCCCAGAAGAGUGGAGGCUGUUAUAGCAACAAAGGAGGGACCGACUCCAUAUUAAUGGCCAUGAUUUUGGAAUGAGAUGUUCGACGAGCAGGUGUCCACAUACCCUUGGCCAUGUUAUCUAUGUUGACACUGGUAUUGUGUUGGAGAUAACGAAAGUGAAUUUGAAAAGUGGUGGACUUGCCCUUUAAUUUGUUAUCUUCUCUUUGAUUCCUUUCUGGAAUUAAAUCGUUUUAAUUGUGUGUCUGGCACUGAGAGAGAGAGAGAGAGAUAAAUGGAAAUGCUACAGUCAGUGAUCAAUCGCGAGGACAGCUGCAGCCACAUAGAUAUUUGUGAAUAAAUAUUGCUCAAAUGUGUUGCCAGGUAUUCAUAUCGAUGGGUGAAUAUGUUCGGCACAGACGCACACCGCAAACAGACAUGUCAAGCCACACAGUCAAAUAAGCUGGACCAGUGACUACAUAUGCAUUUUUACAUGAAAUGACAUGCAUGCACGUACUCACACACACGCUCUCAAAUUAUCUCGCACACACACUUAUUUGGCCCUGAUAUAGCAAGCUGGACCUUGAAACGCAGGGCCAUGUAUGAUAGCACACAACACUUCAUCACUUUCUACAGCAUCUCUCUCUCGCUCUCUCUCGAUCCAAUUUUGAAUUGUGAAGCCGAAUUUAAGCUGGAUUGGAAUCGAUGGCCCAGGUUAAGUUGGCAGGGUUUAGCAUGAACCUGAGCAUGCCGACCGUUAACACACCUCACGUUUGAUUACAAUUCUUCUUCUUAUUAGUGCGGACUAUAUAUGGUGCUCAUCCUGAUCCUCCAUCUGAACACACACCUCAACAUAUAGUAACUGAACUACCUAUACCUUUUAUUUUCUUGGUUUGUUCUUUAUUUUGCGUAUCGUGUUGUAAGAGGAAAUCGUAUAUGUAGAUUGACACACAGAAGAGUAUGUCUACACCUUUCCUGAACAACUUUACCCAGUGAAACAAUGCACCCUAAUGUACCAUACACAUGUACAAUUAAAUACGAAAACUGAUCUCUCACUAGAUAUGUGUGUGUAUAUGAUAUAUGCUUGAACAUGUGACUAUAGAUGUAAUAAUAUACAUGGCUUGAAUAUAUAAAUGUAGUAUAAAAUGAUUGGAAUCAUUGUCAAUUUCUCAGGUGUUCUGGGGGAUAAAAAAAAAAACUCUUACGCUAAAUCUUGAUUACUGAAGUUGUUCUUUCUUUUUACGGUUUGACCAGGAUACAUUUCGGAGCUGGCCCACUUUAGCAGUACAUUUCGGUAAAAUUAGAUGGAAUUGUACUGCGUACUACCAACUCACCUUGGUAGUGAGGUUGUAAUUAUACCAGUUCUGGAUUUUAAGGUCUUUGUUGAUUUCAGACAUAGAAUUCAAUGUUCUUUUUUAUUCUUCUCUCUAUUACAGUUAUUAUUGCUAGUAUUAUCGUCGUUGUUGUCGUUGUUAUUCUCACUACUCUUGUUUCUUUUCCUUGCUACAACUUUUUAAGUGGGAAUGCAGUUCUCAUUUUUAUCUCCCUUGUAUUUUUCAAGACCAUCUUUACUCUACUUUAUUUUCCAUGAGCCUGUUCACUAUCGGCACCAUCCACUGAGUCUAUCUCCAGGUGCACUGUGGGGGCUGUAGUCUUGUCCGUGUGUGUUGUAAUGUAACAAAAGCGGAAACAACCACAAACUAUGGACUUGAAGGAAGAAAAAAAAAACUGGAAGAAUUUGAACUACAUCUCCCAGCACAGGCUUCUAACACCACCCAUCUUUUGAUGGACGAAGAAGCAACUUUUUGAUACCUGGGACUUGUUUGCAGAAGCUUAUAAACUUUUAACAGCGGUAUUUUUCUACAUGUCUGUAUACUGUAUGAUUACUACAACUUUUUGUGGGCAUUUGUAGCCCAUCCUCACAAUGAUGGUAUGCUACUAAACGGCAUUGCGGGUAAUGUACACAGCCUAUUUCCCCUUCCCCAUGUGGAUUAUAAACUACUACCUGUUGUGACUGUUAUAAAUAAACUACAAAUCCCAUGAGCACACCACUACCCUAAUGCACCAGUAAUGUCUACUGAUCCUGCCUAUAUGGAUGCUGGGGGAUGUGGUCUGGCUUUUCCGAAAUCACCAAUAAAGAUUCAUCCUUACUCACUGAGAAA